AUGAUGCUGCCACGCCUGCCCGGCAUCUCGCUCCUCUCGCUGACCGCAGCGGUAGUUCUCAGCGCAACCCACGCCCGCACCAAUGCCGCAUCUGCCAAACUCACCGGCCGCCGUGCUCGCAACGACAGCUUCUCCUCGCCAAGGGCUGGCGUACGCUGGCGCCACUGGAUCCAGGAUGCCUGCCUCGAAGACGCCGCGCUCCAGCGCGACGUCGCUGCAAUGGCAGACGUAGGCUCCGAAGGCUUCGAACUCCUCAGCUACCAAUCUUACGGCCAGCGAGGCCCCACCCUCCUCGACCCUACUCGAUGCUCCUUCGGCAGCGACCACUUCUCCGACGUCUUCGUCGACUACGUCGAGGCCGCACGCCAGCACGGCAUGGUCAUGGACUGGGCCAUGGGCCCCAACCAGGCUGCCGGCGUCCCCGUACCACCGGAUCAGGUCGAUCGCCCCGGCUUCAACACCGAGCUCGUUCUGGGCAUCUCUCAGCCCAUUGCGGCCGGAUCCAGCAACGCCGCCACGACGCUGCCGGAGCCGCAGAUUGUGCCCGUCACGGGCUACGACGGUCUCGUCAACUUCACCGCGCCCAUCACCAAGCGCAAGCUCGAGGGUGCCGUAGCAGUCCAGCUUGUGCCGGGCGCCAACCUGAGCGCGCCGGCCUUGCAGGUCGACUGGUCCACAUUGGUCGACCUUUCAGGUGCUGCGCAGGACGGCAAGCCGUUCAACUACACUGCCCCCGCCGGCCAAGACAGCGUCAUCGUCUCCUUCUACUCUCGCCGUAACGGCUACCCGGAGGCGGUGCCCGGCUUCGACGGAGCGAUCCCUGGACAACCGGGCUCCUACGGCUCGUACAUUCAAGACCACUUCUCUCUCGCCGGCGCCCAGAUCGCCAUCGAGGCCAACGAGGACGUCAUCCUCAAGAAGGCCGCCAAGGCUCUGGCCAAAGACGGCGUCGGAAAGUCGAUCUGGACCGACUCCAACGAGUUCCGCGCACAGCUCUACUGGACCGAUCAGGUCCGGGCCGAGUUCGAGAAGGACCACGGCUACCCGAUUGCCUACGCUCUUCCCGCGCUCUUCGGCGGCGCCCGUCCCUUCGGCGGGGCCAACACCCCCAAAAAGGUGCUCGACUAUGGAGCCACGAUCGACUCGGAGCGUUUCCGCAACGAUUUCAAGGAGACCCUGACCCGGCUGUACGUAGAGUAUGGGCGCCACCUUGCGCAGUGGGCUCGCAAGAGGGGCAUGGCCUAUUCCGACCAGCCGGCCUACAAUUUCCAGCUCGACAUCUCCCUCAGCUCGACAGUGGCCGACGUACCCGAGUGCGAGAGCCUCGGCCAACCAUCCAUCGACCUGAUCCGGCAGUUUACCGGAGGCGUCAACCUGGCCCACCGCGACAUCCUCUCGUCGGAGAUGGGCGCCGGACGAUUUGAGGCGUACGAGUUCCGCAUGAUCCAGCUGUUCCAGGACAGCCGCCUCGCCUUUGCUGGUGGCGUCAACCAGAUCAUCAUCCACGGCCUGCCUUCGAGCACCAACUACGUCCAGACCUCGUGGCCUGGCCUCACGCCGUUUGUCUACGAGUUCUCCGAGAUGCACGGCCCGCGGCAGCCGGGCUGGAAGCACUACGGCCAGUACAUGGAGAUCCUGGCUCGCGAAAUGUGGCUGCUCCGCCGUGGCACGCGCAAGCUCGACGUCGUCGUCCUCCGGUACGGGUGGGACCUGCGAGCCGUGCCAGACAAGACUCAAAAGCACGUCGUCUUCGCCACGCCGGCCCUCGAGGAGGCUGGCUACUCAUACGACUACGUGAGCGCUCUGGCGCUGCAGGCGACCGCGCCCAAGGUCAAGGACGGAAGGCUGGAUCCAGAUGGCCCGGCAUACAAGGCCCUCGUGCUCAAUCGGGCCAGCAACAUCACCGUGGCCGGCAUCCGCACGGUGCUCGACUACGCACAGGCCGGCCUGCCGGUCGUCGUGCUUGGCGACGCUCCCAGCGACGUGCCCGGUUUCGAUGCCAACGGAACUCGCAAAGGCGAGGUGCAAAAGGCGGUGCAGACGCUGCUCGGGCUGAAGAAUGUUAAGAGCGUCGCCCAGGAGUCCGAAGUGGCGUCUGCGCUCGCAGAGCUCGACGUCACCCCCUCGGCUGCUUCCAACUCUACCGACGCCGUCGUCUCGGACGCCAGCACGAUCAAGAACCCGAACGAUCCUCUGGUCGUCUUGAGGAGGCACGACCGCGGCCAGGGCUCAGCCAAGUCGUCGGAACUCUACUACGUGUUCAACUCGGGUGCGCCCCGCCGUUUUAACGUCACAUUCGAGGUGCCCUCGGCGAGCAAAGCUCACGGCUUCCUUCUCGACCAGCGUACGGGCACGACCCGGUCCUUGGCGCAGAUGGUCCGCGGUCAAGGUGGCGACUCGGUGACGAUCAACGGCCUGGAGCUGGCCUCGAACCAGACGGCGAUGUUCGCCUUCACCACCGCAUCGGUGUUCCAGGAUGCUCGUGCUCCCCAGAGGUUGCUCGAGUCCAUCGACGGCGACGUUCGGGUGCAGGUGGCGCCUCGGGGUGACAGGAUCGAGGCGCAGCUCUUCGGCGAGGGUCAGAGGAGCUACAAGCUCGGCGGCGGCAGUGAUAAUACGGGAGGGACUCUCGACUUCUCGCUGCACGGCGCCGAAGCGGUCGAGGUCAAGCAAUGGGAACUUUCCAUUGACGCGUGGGCACCCAGCAGCAACCUGAGCAGUGUCGAGACGGACAUCACGCCGCAUCCCAACGUCCCACUGCCCAACGGGCUGGUGCCGUGGGACCAGCUCGACGGCCACUACAAUACCUCGGGCGUCGGCACGUACACUUCGACCUUUGACUGGGGCUUCGCCGGCAACGACGACACGGUGGGCGCUGAGCUGCGCCAGCCCUUGGUCUACCACACGCAAAAGACGUGGAUCAACGACGUGCUCCUCCCGACCUUUGAUCCGACGUCGCCGAAGCAGGACGUCUCGAGGUACCUCAAGAAGGGCAGCAACACGAUCCGGAUUGAAGUGGCGACGCCGCUGCUCAAUGCCCUCAACGCGCUCGACGACAACCUCGUCAUGAGCGUGGGAUACACGCGGGCGCGUAAGCUGGCAGAAGGCAGGGUCAAGCGAGGCCACCAGAGCUACGGCCUUGUCGGGCCAGUCGAGGUGGUGCCAUUUGCCAAGGCUUCGAUCGCACUGUAG